AAAUAACGCCCUAUCCACAAAACUCAUAACUAGUCUUCACAAAAUAUUAACCGUCUGGAACACUCUCUCUUCUUCUUCAUCUGUAUCUAUAUAUACAUACAACCCUGCUUUAAUUACUCACAUUUACACACAAUGCCGGGAUUAGUCUCCGUCAAAACUCCACCGGAAGCUCAGCCGCUCCGAAUCACCGUUCCUGAUGACUCCAGGCCUCAGAUCCGGUCCACUCCGGAUCGCUCCGAACCGGUGGUGCCGAAAUCGAAUUCUCCAGCGAACAGGCGCCCUCCGUCGCCGUCGCGAGCCAAGCCGUCGCCAGAUCGGAGCUCCGGCAAGAAGAAAUCGCCGGAAAAACCAUUACUUGACGAAGCAUCGCUGGAUAAUCCAGAUCUCGGCCCGUUUCUGUUGAAGCUGGCGCGCGACACGAUCGCGUCGGGCGACGGGCCUACGCGCGCGUUGGACUACGCGCUGCGGGCGGCGAAGUCUUUCGAGAGGUGCGCGAUCGACGGCGAGCCGAAUCUCGAUCUGGCGAUGAGCUUGCACGUCGUCGCGGCGAUUUAUUGUAGCUUAGGGAGGUUUGAGGAGGCGAUUCCAGUGUUAGAGAGGGCGAUUCAGGUGCCAGAAGUCACAAGAGGUGCGGAUCACGCGCUCGCUGCGUUUUCGGGGUAUAUGCAGCUUGGUGAUACGCAUUCAAUGCUUGGACAGUUGGAUAAGUCAAUUGAUUGUUAUAAGGAAGGAUUGAACAUACAGAUUGUGGCUUUAGGUGAUACAGAUCCUCGAGUUGCCGAGACUUGCAGGUACUUGGCUGAGGCUCACGUUCAAGCAAUGCAAUUUGAUGAAGCAGAUAAAUUGUGCAAAAAAACCCUUGAAAUACAUCGAGAACAUAGUUCACCUGCAUCUCUUGAGGAAGCGGCUGACCGUCGUUUGAUGGCCCUCAUAUGUGAGGCCAAGGGAGAUUAUGAAUCUGCCCUUGAACACCUUGUACUUGCCAGUAUGGCGAUGAUUGCCAACGGACAAGACAAUGAAGUUGCUGCUAUUGAUGUCAGCAUUGGAAAUAUCUAUUUGUCUUUGUCCCGCUUUGAUGAAGCAGUUUUCUCCUACCAGAAGGCACUAACAGUCUUCAAAUCUUCAAAGGGUGAUAACCAUCCUUCGGUUGCUUCUGUCUUUGUCAGGCUAGCUGAUCUAUACUACAAGACAGGGAAGUUGCGGGAGUCCAGGUCCUAUUGCGAAAAUGCCCUAAGAAUAUAUGCAAAACCAGUCCCUGGGACCACAGCAGAAGAGAUUGCAAGUGGAAUGACAGAAAUUUCUGCUAUCUACGAAUCUUUUAAUGAACCUGAGGAGGCAUUGAAGCUCUUGCAGAAGGCAAUGAAACUGUUGGAAGAUAAAGCAGGUCAACAAAGUACAAUUGCAGGAAUAGAAGCACGUAUGGGUGUUAUGUUUUACAUGUUGGGAAGGUACGAAGAAGCGAGGGGAUCUUUUGAAAGUGCUGUAGCAAAACUUAGGGCAAGUGGCGAGAAGAAAUCAGCUUUCUUUGGGGUUGUGCUGAAUCAGAUGGGUUUGGCUUGCGUCCAGCUGUUCAAGAUAGGGGAGGCUGCUGAAUUGUUUGAAGAAGCAAGAGGAAUACUUGAACAAGAGUGUGGCCCUUGUCAUCAGGAUACUCUUGGUGUCUAUAGUAAUCUUGCAGCAACAUAUGAUGCCAUGGGAAGAGUCGAGGAUGCCAUUGAGAUUUUGGAGUAUGUUCUCAAGUUGAGGGAAGAAAAGCUUGGGACAGCAAAUCCUGAUUUUGAUGACGAGAAGAAAAGGCUUGCUGAGCUUCUGAAAGAAGCAGGGAGGUCCAGGAACAAGAAAGCAAAGUCUCUGGAAAACCUCAUCGAUCCCACCUCUAGGAGGACAAAGAAAGAAACAUCAAAGAAAUGGUCUGCUUUCGGGUUUAGAAGUUGAAAAAAAAAAAUCCAAUAAGCCGACGGCAUCUCGAAGUAUAAAGAAGAAGCAAGGAAAGGGUCUCUGUUUCUUCAUUGAUUAAUGUCUAGUUUUUACACACCUGGUAUGUAAUAUAGAAGAUCAUGUAUAUAGGAGUUAUUUUCUUAUGUGGCUUUGUUUUAUGUUUCUUGAGCUAUUAGGUAUUCUCUUCAGUUUUAAAUUUAUUUGAUUGUAUUAUUGGAUCUCUAUUCUGUGACCUUAGAGAUGUUCAGUGUUCCCCUUGUCUUUCGAGUGAUUAUAAUUUGAUGUGAAUGAUUGAUUACUGUAGUA